UAGCUGUAUAGGCGUGGUGCGAGAGCAGAGAUGGAGUUCCAUGGCGUGGAAAUUCCCACGUCUGGCCUCAUUUUCCUGGCCUUCCUCUUCCUCUUGUACAAAUAUUUCACUAGGACGUGGGGCACGUGGUCGAGCCAGGGGAUCCCCGAAGUGAAGCCCUGGCUUGUUGUCGGCAGCCGACCCACCAUUUACAAAGACCAUCUGCACUUGGUGGACUUGGAGCACCGCCGUCGCUAUGGGAGAACUUGGGGAGAAUACGAGGGCCGACGCCCUGUGCUAUUCACCACCGACGCCGAAUUGGUGAAACUGGUCACCGUCAAGGAGUUCUCCUUCUUCAGCGACCGACGGGAUCUCGAUCUCAAACAGGAGAUCUUCCAAGAUUCCCUCGACCAGCUGCAGGGCGAAAAAUGGAAGGCAGUGCGAUCCCUAUUAGGCCCGGGAUUCACGGGAGGUCGAAUGAAGACCACCGCCCCAAUGUUCCUGGAAUGCGCCAAGACACUCACCGAGAUUCUCAAACGGGAUGGGGCUGACGGCAAGAAAGGACUUAAGCUUUCCAGG